GCAACCCUGCAAUUUGUGUACGUCAACGAAUUUUCGACACCGGUACCUUUUUAUAUUUUACGAAAUUGUUUAUUGUAGUUUUGUGAAUUAUGAUAGAAUCUCUGUAUAACUUGCCAUUUCACAUCUUGGUGCCACCAAAUAUCAAAAUACGUCGACCAGCAUGGUUUCGAAAACCUUCACCAAUGGUUAUGUUUUCGAUUGUUUUGUUGUCCUAUUUCUUGGUGACCGGUGGUAUAAUAUAUGAUGUAAUUGUGGAACCACCUAGUGUUGGUGCUACAGUUGAUGAGCACGGGCAUUCGAGACCAGUGGCUUUUAUGCCUUACCGGGUAAACGGCCAGUAUAUAAUGGAAGGUUUGGCCAGUAGCUUUUUGUUCACUAUGGGUGGACUAGGUUUCAUUAUAAUGGAUCAAACACAUAUACCGGGGAAGACAAACCUCAAUAGAUUUCUCUUGACUGCAAUGGGCUUUAUAUUUAUUCUCGUCUCAUUUUUCACAACUUGGCUUUUUAUGCGUAUGAAGUUACCUAGCUAUUUGCAGCCGUGAUGGGGAAAGCCUUGACAUUAUUUUGUCCCUUUAAUAUUUUAUCUCUAAUUUAUUUUGUAAGAAAAAGGAUCUUGAUAUAAAAAUAAAAUGUCUUUGAACGGUUUGAAUGCAAAA